AUGAACAGCCAAGGAAGCCGCAAGGACGUGGCAGCCGCUGUCAACGGUCCAGAUUCAGCAGUUAAUGCUAGAGAUCGCAAACCUGGCGGUGUUCUUAAGAGACUGAAAUCCAGACGAAAUCAGCCAGAUAGACGGCCCGUUACGGAGGACGAGCUACGAGCGCUGGGGAGAGACAUUACUCCGGAUGAAGUUCUGGGUCUCCGUUCUGUCACCCGCGAUUAUCUCUGCAAACCAGAGGACAACGUCUACAACAUUGACUUCACACGCUUCAAGAUUAGAGACCUGGAGACGGGGACAGUGCUCUUUGAGAUUGCAAAACCUCCACACUGCGACUUAGAGGAGGAGGAUGAGGAAAACGGCGAGAUUGACACAAGUGCUGGACGUUUUGUACGAUAUCAGUUCACUCCAGCGUUUCUUAGACUCCGCACAGUGGGAGCCACAGUGGAGUUUACAGUAGGUGACAAGCCAGUUAACAACUUCAGAAUGAUCGAGAGACACUAUUUUCAAGAUCGCCUGCUGAAGAGCUUUGAUUUCGACUUUGGCUUCUGUAUCCCAAACAGUCGAAACACGUGUGAACACAUCUAUGAAUUCCCCCAACUCCCAGAGGACCUCAUUCGUCUAAUGGUGGAACAUCCGUACGAAACUCGAUCAGACAGCUUCUAUUUUGUGGACAACAAACUCAUCAUGCACAAUAAGGCGGACUACGCCUACAAUGGAGGGCAGUAG